AUGGUUUUAGCUAAGCAGGUAAGACUGGGAAACUCAGGCCUCAAGAUAUCACCAAUAGUGAUAGGAUGUAUGUCAUACGGUUCUAAGAAAUGGGCAGAGUGGGUCAUGGAGGACAAGGCCCAGGUUUUCAAGAUCUUGAAGCAUUGUUACGAUAACGGUCUACGUACCUUUGAUACGGCUGACUUUUAUUCCAAUGGUUUGAGUGAAAGGAUAAUUAAGGAAUUUCUGGAGCACUACAAUAUCAAGAGGGAAACAGUGGUAAUCAUGACCAAAAUUUUCUUACCUGUUGAUGAGACCCUUGAGUUGCAUCAUAACUUUACUCUAAAUGAAUUUGAAGAAUUGGAACUGUCCAACCAAUGGGGUUUAUCCAGAAAGCAUAUAAUUGCUGGUGUUGAAAACUCUGUGGAAAGAUUAGGUACAUAUAUAGAUCUUUUACAAAUCCACAGAUUAGAUCAUGAAACGCCUAUGAAAGAGAUCAUGAAGGCGAUGAAUGAUGUUGUUGAAGCGGGCCAUGUCAGAUACAUUGGGGCCUCGAGUAUGUUGGCAACUGAAUUUGCAGAACUGCAGUUCAUAGCCGACAAAUACGGCUGGUUCCAGUUCAUUUCCUCGCAGUCUUACUACAACUUGCUUAAUCGUGAAGAUGAACGCGAAUUGAUUCCUUUUGCCAAAAGGCACAAUAUCGGUUUACUUCCAUGGUCUCCUAACGCACGAGGCAUACUGACUCGUCCUUUGAAUCAAAGCACGGACAGGAUUAAGAGUGAUCCAACUUUCAAGUCGUUACAAUUGGACACCCUCGAUGAAGGACAGAGGGAGAUUGUUAAUCGUGUAGAAAGGUUGUCGAAGGAUAAAAAUGUCUCCAUGGCCAUGAUCUCCAUCGCAUGGACUCUACAUAAGGGUUGCCACCCCAUUGUAGGAUUGACCUCUACAUCAAGAGUAGACGAAGCGAUUGCCGCACUACAAGUCACUCUAACAGAAGAGGAGAUAAAGUUCCUCGAAGACCCCUACAAACCUCAGAGGCUAAGAUAUUAA